GGAUCUCAUACGUUUGAAGCAACGAAAGUUGAAAACUAAGAAAACGAAAAGUCAAAACAGAGAUGACAGUUGCGGCGAUUGAUAAUAAUAAUAAUAAAAAAAAGUUGAAAAUCGAAUAUUUGAAGUUGGAAAAUUACAAUCCAUCAAGAGAAUGUCGUCAUAUUCGGAGAUUUUCAUGAAAGAGCCUACGAGCUGCUUCUCUAGACAAAGUUCUUGGUAUUCCACCGAACACAGAGACCUUCAGGCAACCGCAAUGUCUUUGGACUGGUCGGGACAAUUCAUUCUAUUAGCAGGAAGACGUCACCUUGCGCUACAAAGUCUGGAUAAAUUUGAUGAUGACGAGGACAGUCUGCGAAAAUUUUACCGCAAUUCGAAACAUGAAGUUUCAUCCGCUGAAUGGGCUAUCUGUGAGCACAGUCAAGAGUAUUGCGCGCUGGCUACCAGUCAAUUGAUUGAGGUGAUUACUUGGCGAUCCGGACAUCCAACCCUCAUCCAUUCACUGCGGGCACACACUCGAGUAAUUACAGACAUAGACUGGCACAUGAAGCAUCCACAUCUACUGGCAAGUUGUUCGAUUGACACCUUCACACAUUUGUGGGAUCUACGAGACCCCAGAAAACCCAUUCUUUCGCUCAGUGCAGUAUGCAUGUCUGGUGCUACACAGGUCGGUUUCAAUCGAGUAUCUGGAAAUCUAUUGGCAACCGCUCACGAUGGCGAUCUACGAAUUUGGGAUCAAAGAAUGGGUUCGUGUCCCAUACAGUACAUAACGGCACACUUGUCGCGUAUACACGGCAUCAAUUGGAGUCAUUACUACGAGACACAUCUGACAACAGCCAGUCAAGAUGGGACUGUAAAAUAUUUCGACAUAAAUAAUCCACGACGAGCAGAAAGGAUAAUCACAACAUCGUCACCGGUGUGGCGUGCCAGAUACACGCCAUUCGCCGAUGGCUUAGUAACGGUUAUCGUACCGCAUCUGGGACGCGGCGAAAAUAGCUUGUUGUUGUGGAACAACUCAAAACAAAGUGCGCCGAUUUGCUCGUUCGUCGGUCAUACUGAUGUUGUUCUAGACUUUGCUUGGAGACCGAAACGGAAUCAAUCUUCAUCGGACAUGGAACUUAUCACAUGGUCGCGAGAUCAAUCGGUUCGCGUUUGGAGGAUCGAUGAAGCGUUGCAAAAGCAGUGCGAGUCACCACAGCCCGAAGAUGAUGCGUUCGAAUCGUCGAAUCGGUUAAACGUACCAUCCAAACCAUCGAGAAAUCGCACACAGCCGUCUUGCUCGUUACAGCACGAAUUCUCACUGUUAAAUACAAACAUUCCGCACAUUGACGUAGAGGUAUUGGACCCCAUAAAAAGGAACGCUACACUGCGGAUAACAGUCAACGGCCUUGUAAUUAUGCUGCAAGUGACAUUUCCGAUCACCUAUCCCGACUCCCAGAUUCCAGACUUCGCAUACUGCCAGGGAACCAACAUUGACAUAAAUCUGUCGGACUCAUUGAUGAAAGUUCUAAAGACCAGCGCCACCCAACGAACUAAGAAUGGACGACCUUGCUUGGAAUUUUGUCUGCGAGCCCUUGUGACCGCGUUCAAAAAGGCUACAAACGCGGGCGACAAGACGAACAUCCGAUUGCAAUCGCCUCGUUUGGAGGGCGCUCUCAGUGGAUGUGUAAUGGAUGCCUGUGUACCAUUUCCAAGAACUUCCGGCGCUCGAUUCAAUCACGUUGGAAUUUUAGUCACUUUUUCGCAAGUCAUUAAUUCGAAGGGAAUUUCGUUGAAGCAUCAGAACACCACCCCAAGGGCGCUUUCUGCUCUGAGUGGUGGUUACCUAGGCAAUGUGAUGGGCUCGCAACCAGUUCUGUAUGCACAUCAUCGAGAUGCGAAUUCGACAGCCUUUUACUUACAUGAUCGGGUCAGAAAAUCGACGAAGAACCGUGUCGUGUUGCCGAAACCGUCAUCACCAUCGGUGCUAGUCUAUGACGUUUCCAAAAUAUUAUUCGUCAGUCGAGAUUUGGCGGAGAAUUACAUCAUCGACUCAAAGAAUGUUGCCUACAUGUGUCGCCACAACAAGGAAAUAGCUCAGCAAUUUGGCUAUCCCGAAAUAGCGCAAUGCUGGGAACUAGCCGAAAUAGUCGCUGCAACGACAAACGAAACCGAAUCGGAAUCGGAUGACAUGGUGUUCAAUCAAAUUCCAUUCCCGAAAAAUAUUUUGGAGUCACUGAUUCUGCAUCAUGCCCAAAAUUAUGACAUACAAACGGCGGCGAUGAUCUGUUGUGCUUUUGGUCGACAUUGUCCACAGAACGAAUUGUCGAGAACUUCUAGUCUCAGCAAUAAGUCCAAUCAAAGCCAUAUACGUAGCGGUCAACGAAUAUUUAAGCAAAGUGGAUCGCCGUACCACACAAUACUUCCGGUCGAUUCAAAAACAAACCAAUCAUGGGGAGCCGCCUUAUACAAACAAUUUCGCAGCAAUUCAUGGUCGGAUUCGUUGGAUGAAUGCCGGACGGGAUUCGAACUGAACAGAACGAUUCUGGGAGAUUCACAGCGUCACCUCUACGACAACUUUAAGCGAGCAUAUUCGGAGAUGCUGUACCGUUGGGGCCUUUUAGUGAAUCGAACCAAAGUACUGAAAUAUCUGUCCAGCAGCAGUGAUACGUUUCGUGGCGUUGAAUUCGUCACCGAGUGCAUCAAAUGUGCGAAAGUUACGCAGGCGCCAAUGUGCAGAGAUUGUCAUAAACCAUUGCUGUAUUGCUCGCUAUGUCGGUUGCCUGUUAGAGGCUCUGCCAAUUCAUGCUUGUUUUGUGGACAUGGUGGUCACCUGUUACAUAUGAAACAAUGGUUUGAAAAAAAUGAAGUUUGUGCAACAGGUUGCGGUUGUUAUUGUCUUAAGGAAAGUUCAAAAUUAGUGGAAUUAUAACAAGCCAUUCGAAUAAACUGUUUCGUUAUGCCAAAA